AUGCCACACCGGCUCCAAUCAAACUUUCCAACAACGGCUGGAUGGUGGAAUAGCCCAGGCAAUCGUCCUGCUUCCCCCCAUCCCCUGCCCUGCUUCCCCCCAUCCCCUUCCCUGCUUCCCCCCAUCCCCUUCCCUGCUUCAACCCAUCCCCACCCCUGCUUCCCCUCAUCCCCUUCCCUGCUUCCCCCCAUCUCCUUCCCUGCUUACCCCCAUCCCCUUCCCUGCUUCCCCCCAUCCCCUGCCCUGCUUUCCCCCAUCCCGUCCCCUGCUUCCCCCCAUCCCCUUCCCUGCUUCCCCCCAUCCCAUUCCCUGCUUCCCCCCAUCCCCUUCCCUGCUUCCACCCGUCCCCUUCCCUGCUACCCCCCAUCCCCUUCCCUGCUUCCACCCGUCCCCUUCCCUGCUUCCCCCCAUCCCCUUCCCUGCUUCCACCAAUCCCCUUCCCUGCUUCCCCCCAUCCCCUCCCCUGCUUCCAUCCGUCCCCUUCCCUGCUUCCCCCCAUCCCCUUCCCUGCUUCCAUCCAUCACCUUCCCUGCUUCCCCAUGUCCCCUUCCCUGCUUCCCCCCAUCCUUUCCCUACUCCUAUUCACUGGAAUGA